UGCGAAUUUGGUAAUUAUUGGCCACAUCCUUAUCAAAUUCAUAGGAGUCUUAGCAAAUAUGGUAUAUUUAUGAAAUAUAAAACAGAAAGUUUAUGCUUGAAUACAACAUAAAAGCCGCCUUUGAGGUGACGCUUGCUCGCUGGUCACGUGAGACGGGAGGUAAAGGAAGACGACAGUAAAACAUAAUCUGCACUGUCAAGAAAAUGACCACAGCUCUGACCCAGGGUUUGGAAAGAAUACCCGACCAGAUUGGGUAUUUGGUUAUUAGUGAAGACGGUGUUCUUGCGUCCGCAGGAGAGCUGGAGAAUGACGAGCACACGGCAGGAAUGAUCAUGCAGAUGGUCAGAACGGCUUGUCGCUUUAGGUUGCAAGGGAACGCUGAGCCCCCUUUCAAACGCAUGUCAGUGAUGUUUGAAGACUAUGUUUAUGCCGUGACUAUCUCCGGACAGAAAGUUUUUGUAAUCAAAAGGCACAUCAACCAACGGGAACCUGUUAUUGUCUAGUAGAGAAAAAUUAUAUGGACUGGUCCUACACACACAGACACACACACACGCACACACAAUAACAAGCUCAAAAUGGUGCCCUCACAUGGAAAUGACCCAGCUAUUACAACCACUUGAUGUUUAGUGCAAUCAUCCUCUAUUACUUUUGUAAGAAGACUUUUGAUUAUACAGAUUUGGGAGUUUGGUGGUAUCAGGUGUGUUUGAAUUGAACCAUUGUAGGCUUGUUUAUUAUUCUUGUCCAAUUGAAAUGUCACAGGCUACAUGUGAUGUUUUUUUGGUGUAUGAUUAAAAACAGACAGUCAAUGAUUUAAGCCCAUUUACUUGAUUUAGGGAAUAUAUUAUAUAUGUGAAUUUACGUUUUAACCUAUACAAUCCAUUAACCUACAACUUUCUUGCACAAAUAUGCAAGCAUGUUUUGAUGCUGAUCAUAACAUCAUCAUAUGAUAAUGCAGGGUUGUAAUAGACUGGAGUUACACUUGGUGUUAUUGAUCAUAAUGUUUGAUGUAUGUUUUCUGAUUGCAUCAUGGGAGUGAGAGCUUGUCAUUCUCAGACGAAAGCAGGGGCUUCACAGGUGUCAUGAAAUGGUUGUUUUCCUUUGAGCAGAAACUAAAAUGCACUAAUUUUUCAAAUGUGUUUCAUUAACUGGCUAGAAAUCACACUUUACAAUAAUUGCUUUAACAGUAAUAUAUAUAAAAGUACUAUGCAUAUUUAAAAACAUUUUUCCCCCCAGUUUGUGAAUCAUGGAAUUGUGGUAUAAGCAAUAAAUAUUCAAUACCUUAAAUUAGUUUUUAAAUGCUAUAGCCUUUACUUGAGUUUAAAUGUCAUGUUCUGAUCUUGUAUUAUCUUUUUUUUUUUUUCUUAACUAACUAUAUUUACUAGAAUUGUUAUGAUCUUCACUAUGGCUUUUGAUGCUUGUGUUUUACAUUUGCAUGACAAAGAUUAGCUUUAAAGGGAUAGUUCACCAAAAAAUAAAAUAUUUCUC